AGCGAAACGGAUUAGCUGACUCAAGGGAAACGGAAUUGGAAUAUAGUAGUCUAGUCCUAAUGUGAGUUCAAGCCUGUUGUGACUGUAAUUCGCAUCAAGAUGGUACUGGAAAGUACGAUGAUAUGUGUCGACAACAGCGAUUAUAUGAGAAACGGAGAUUUUUUACCAACACGACUUCAAGCUCAGCAAGACGCUGUUAAUUUAGUUUGCCACUCGAAAACUCGCUCGAAUCCUGAAAAUAAUGUGGGUCUCAUAACUCUAGCAAAUGUCGAGGUAUUGGCUACUCUUACUAGCGACGUUGGUAGAAUUCUCUCCAAGCUCCAUCAAGUUCAACCAAAUGGUAAUUUAAGUCUAAUUACUGGAAUACGAAUUGCACACUUGGCGUUAAAACAUCGUCAAGGUAAAAAUCAUAAAAUGCGCAUUGUGGCCUUUAUCGGUAGCCCAAUAGAGAUUGACGAGAAAGAACUAGUAAAAUUAGCGAAAAGGUUAAAAAAGGAAAAAGUCAAUGUGGAUAUGAUUAGCUUUGGCGAAGAAAGUAUCAAUAACGAAGUAUUGACAGCCUUUAUUAAUGCUCUCAAUGGAAAGGAUGGAACUGGUAGCCAUUUGGUUACCGUUCCACCUGGACCACAUUUAAGUGAUGCGCUUAUCUCAUCUCCCAUUAUUCAAGGAGAAGAUGGAAUGGGUGGUACAGGAAUGGGAGGUGCCGCAUUCGAAUUUGGUGUCGAUCCAAACGAGGACCCAGAGUUAGCGUUGGCAUUGCGUGUUUCUAUGGAAGAACAACGACAACGUCAAGAGGAUGAAGCCCGGCGCGCGCAAGCGAAUGAAACUGCUACAAAUAAACAACCGGAAACAAUCAAGGAAGUACCCAACGAAGAGGCAAUGUUAAAACGCGCGCUUGCCAUGUCGCUCGAAGAUACAGAAAAUUCGUCAUCGACGAACGAUAGCGUUGCUCCCGCAAACGUAAUAAAUGUACCCGAUGUUGCUCGUAUGACGGAGGAAGAGCAAAUUGCGUUUGCCAUGCAAAUGUCCAUGCAAGAUCAACAAGAACUCGAGUCUCUAAAGGAAGAAGCAAUGGAAGUUGAAGAGGACUACGCUGCUGUUAUGUCGGAUCCAGCAUUUCUGCAAUCGGUAUUGGAAAAUUUGCCAGGUGUUGAUCCUCAUUCUGAAGCCGUUCGUCAAGCCGUGGGAUCUCUUCAACAGGAUAAAGAAAAAGAAAAGGACAAAGACAAAGAGAAGGAAAAGGAUCCGGAGAAAGAUACGGAAAAGAAAUGAAAAAUUUACGCUGAUUCGAUAUACUUCUUUACUGUUAAUUACUGUUUCGAGAAUAUCUGUAAACGAAAAUAUACGCGUUUCAGAUUUUUCAAACCUA